AUGACGGAGAACGUGGACGAGAGUUUGCAAAAACUCGGCAUACGAAGGAUCACCCAUCCGACCAAAGACGAGAUCCGCGACGCCUACUACCGUGUUGAUACAACAGAACUCAACGACGUGUGGGAGUCAUAUAUCACUGGCAAGCAAUCCUGGCACCCAUGGGAAACGUAUAGUCCUCCGAAUCUCAAGGUUCUCCGUUACUCAGAUAUCCGUGUAUACCACAGAAAUAGUGUACCCUGUCAGUGCGGUCACGACUUGGCCGUGGAGAGACUGUCCGUGGACUACUCCAUUUUCGAAGCCGGCAACUAUGCAGGUUACGACUCUACGGAGCAUUGCUAUGCGUUUCGAGGGCAACGAAGACUUCUGGACGACUUUUUAGACCGAGCAGAAGUGCUAUUUGAGAAGGAAGAAGUCAAGUCAGCGCUUGUGGGACCUGUUGGUAUCUCAAUUCCGUUUUCAGGGUUUCCCUCAGGAUGGAAAUUUGAAGAGUUUGCCAUGCACGCUGAGACCAUCAUGUGCCUGUUGUUCCUAGCAUCGAAUGACAAAGAUCCCCUCGACUUUGAGGGUUUAGCCAUUGAGGCAGAAACAGAGCCGGAUAGUGAUGCGGACUCGGACUUCUUGCGCCAGGAAUCCAACUUCGGGAAUGGACCGCAGCCCGCUAUGGCGGUAGAAUCGGGGCAAGGUUUAGAUAACGUAUCAGAUAUCUUGUUUGAGCCAGAUCGAUAUCCCCGUCGACAACGAAAAUGA